CCAAAACAAUUGAGAUGGUUGUGUUGCUCGGGAUUCUCCUUAGAAAACAUGCCAAUGAGCAUAUGCCUAGAAAAGAUAGUUGCCAUUGACUUAAAGUGGAGUAGUCUCGCAAAACUGUGGGACAAAAGCCAGUUACUAGAAUGGUUGAAAAUUCUCAACAUGAGUCAUUCACAUUACUUGAUAGAAACACCUAACUUUUCAAGGUUACCUUACUUAGAAAAGCUAAUACUCAAAGAUUGUUCACGUUUGUCCGUGAUUCAUCCUUCCAUUGGAGAUCUUAAAUAUAUCAUUUUGUUGAAUUUAAAGGACUGCAAAAGUCUUAACCAUCUCCCAAGAAGUGUAUAUAAAUUGAAAUCUUUGAAGACUCUCAAUCUUUUUGGUUGUUCAAAGAUUGGAAAGCUGGAAGAAGAUAUCCAGCAAAUGGAAUCUUUAACAACAUUAGUGGCAAAUCAAACAGCUAUAACACAAGUGCCAUUUGCAUUGGUGAGAUUGAAAAGCAUUAAACAUGUGUCUAUCUGUGGCUAUGAAGGAUCAUCAUGUGAUGUAUUUCCAUCACUUGUUUUGUCUUGGAUGACACCAAGAAAUCACUCAAGGUCCUUGUUUCGAACAUUUGGGAUCAUGCCAUUUUUAAUCAAGGGUCUGUCACAUACUUGGUUAGCCAAAAGUCAAAAAAUAUUGGAAUCAAGACCAAGCACAUCUCAAGCUUUGCCUAAAAAAGCUCCUGCAUUGAUCGGUUUUCAUGAUGAGCAAGUUACCGCAAAAAGGUCAGAAAGAUUCAUGAGUUCUCUAACAAUUCAGGUUGGUGGGUUCAAUGAAGCUAUCAAUACAAUUUUGAAGAGCAUUUCUCAGGGAUGCAAUGAUGGAGGGUUUGAGUAUUCUCUUCUUCCUAGAAACAAUUAUCCUCAUUGGCUAGUUUUUGAAAAUGAAGAAUCAUUAGUAUCAUUUAAAGUGCCUUGUGUUGAUGGCCGUUGCUUGAAAGGGAUGGUUCUCUAUGUUAUCUAUUCAUCUGACCAAGAAAACAUGGCAUCUGCAUAUCCAGUUAGUGUCAUGAUACAUAAUUUCACAAAAUAUGCUAAAGCAUCCUAUGAGCAAGAUGCUGCAACAAUUUAUGCUGAUGAUGAAUGGAAGAAAAUAUUAUCUAAUUUGGAACCCGAAAAUGAGGUGGGAGUUAUAGUUAACUUUGCCCAUAAAUAUACUGUGAAGAAGACUGCAAUAUAUCUAGUAUAUGUUGAAGAGCCGACAUUAAGCUAAGCAACACUGAAUAAUCUCAAAUCAGCUGAGACCAGAAGGGAGGAUAUUGUCUCAAAGGGCUUCCCUUGGACAAAAAAUAAGUGAAGAAUGACAAGUGUCAAGAAAGCCAGUGAAAGAAAAGGAGCAAGAAAGAUACAUCUUCAGUUACUGUCACUUUUCUAUAGACCACUUCAUCUCUUGUAUUAUAAAUAUAAUCCUCUCACUCAUUCUGUUCAAUGAUAAAAUAAUCAAUUCCUGUUAUACAGUUUAUGAUAAUUACUAUGGUACCUGCUUGUCUAGGGAUGGGUGUUAAAGCCCAUUGGACCUUUGUUUAAGUGACUCAAACCCUUGAACUAUGGAUCUAAAUCCAUCACCAUUUAAUCCAAACCCUGACUUAAACUAACUGACAUCAUCUUUCACUUCUCCAU